AUGGCGGAAACGACGCCGGCGCCGCCGGUAUUCGCGUGUGGCGACAAACUCGCCGUGGACGCGUACCUCAAAUCCCUCAUCGAGCCUCUCCCGACGACCCUCGGCACCCCCUCGCACGGCCCGCUCAGCGGCGGCGGCGGCGACGAACCCUUCGCGGCGGCCGCCCCGAUCCUCGCGCGACUCCUCGACGCCGAGGAGGCGCUGCUCGAACGCCGCGAAUCCAUCGCGCGGCGCGCCGCGCGGCUCGCGUCCGCCGUCCGCGACGAGGAGCGCGCGUUCCUCCGCGAUGCACCCGCGCUGGACACGGCGACGCGCGAGAUGCACGCCGCGCUGGACGACCUGGACGCGAGGGUAUCGCACGUCGCCGCGUCGAGUUCGGGCAUCGGCGAGAGCUUGCGACUAGCCGCCGCGCACAGAGCCGCGACGGAACGCGCGAGGUUGACGGCGCUGCACCUGGCGAUGUUCAACGCUCGCAGGCACGACGGGCUGUUGGACGACGACGACGACUCGCUCGACGUGGACCUCGACGACUCCGACGACGAUUUUAAUGACGCGGGCGGCGGCGGCGGCGGCGGCGGCGCAUCCCCGUUUGGACUCGGCCUCGACGGCGACGAGGACGUCGUCGCCGCCGUCUUCACGGAUCCGAAACGAAACGCGGAGGCUGCCAAACUCGCGCAGUCGCUGCUCGAGCUCGCGCGUCAGCACGAGCGGUCGCGACACGAUCGCGCCGGGGAGCCCAAACCGUCGCUGAGGGUGGCGGUGGAGAACCUGGAGCGAUACUGCGACGAGCUGGAGAACCGCCUGUUGGAAAAAUUUGAACGAUACGAGGCUAAGCGCGACGUCGUCGGCAUGCGGCAGUGCGCUAAGACGGUCUCGCACUUCAACGGCGGCGCCAGCUUAGUACAGCGAUUCGUCGCGACGAGGCCGAUGUUCUUAAAGGUGGAGGCGCUGGAGCGGCUGGACGCGCUGAGGGAUUUCGCGCCGGCGUACGGAUCGGGUUUAUCGGAGGAGAAGGAGGCGUCGGACGCCGCGGAAGCUGCUCUGGAAGUUCUGGACGUUUUCUUCCAGGAGACGCUCGCGGAGGCGACGAAGGAGGUGGAAACCGCGCGCGCCGUGUUCCCCGCGACGUGCGACGCCGUAGACCAGCUCGUGAGACGGGUCGUAGAGCAACGGAUAGGAGCCGCGGUGGACGCGAUCGCCGGGCCGAGGCCGCCGCCGCCGCCGGUGCCCGGGCCACCCGCGGCGUCGGAGGGGAGCUACUUCGCCUCGUUCAUGUCCCCUCGCAAGGCACCGGCGACGACGACCGCGAGGAAGCACCGGCGGAACGUGAGCUUCGGCGGGGAUCUGAGGGGUUUCGACCCGGCGCAGGCGCAGCCGGCGCAGGCGCCGAUGACGGACUUUCCAGCCUCGAGGUUGGGGCACUCGAGGAGCUUCGGGAUGCUCGAGGGACGGCCCGGGAGCGGCGAAAAAGGCGAGAAGGAGACCAACGACGAUGAAGAGGAAGAGGACACGGUCGCGCCUCUCGGUGAACCCGCCCAGCCCGCCAGCCCCGCGGCGAAAACCGCCCGGCCCAAGACGGCUGGGCACUCCAGGUCAAAGUCGUACACGGAGUACAUGACGCCGUCGUUCAUGUCUUCCAAGGCCAACGGUGGGUUUUACGGCGAUCCCGCGCGGGACGAGUUCGAGAACUCGCACGGCGUCGGGCGGGACGCCAUCGUGGAGGGCACGCCCCCGGGCGCCGGGCAUUUCGCGCUGCUGGCGUACCUGAAGAUUCUCGCCGGCGCCGUCGAUCGCGCGCGCGCGCUCGGCGCGGCGCUCGCCCACGUGGCGGCCAACGCGGGUCGCCGGCGCGUCGAUGCCGUCAACGCGUGCGACGCCCUCUUCUCCGAGCGCAGGGAAGGGUACGGAAACCUCGAAGGGGACUGCCUGGUGGGUCUGGCGGCAUCCGGCGCCGCGGCGAGUCCGGGUGCCGCUCCGGAUGAAUCCGGAGUACAUGAAUCCGGCGUACCCGGGUUCGACCGGCUCAUCCGCUGGCACAGGGAGGCGAGCGAGCGGUGCGCGACGGUCCUCGCCCCGCCAUUCAGGGACGUAACGGCUCUUAACGGCUCGGCCGACGACGACGACGGGGACUUUGACGGGAUCGCGGACGCCCCCGGCGAACGGUCUUCUUCUUCGUCGUCGUCAACGGCGGCUGCGGCGGCGGGAGGCUCCCGGGUUCGUUCCGUCGGGACUUCCUCGAGGGUCGCGUCCGCCGUCGCGUCCGCCUCCGCGCUGCGCGAGUCCGUCGACACGGAGCUCCGAUUAGCCGAGACGUUCGUCGGCGAGACCGAGCGACUGUGCCGGCUUGCUCUCGACGCCGCCGUCGACGCGUGCGAGCGACGGAGCGGUCGAUUCGACGCGCGAUCCGACCCGCGAGAGGUGGCGACGACGGGCAUCGGCUGCGUGUUGAGGGCGGCGGCGGACGCGUUGGACGCGGUGGAACGCGCGAGGGACGCGAACGCGCGGUUAUGCGACGCGAUCGAGGCGCGAACGCGGGACGCGUCGGCGGAGAUCGAGUCCGACGUCGACGCGUUCAUUCAGAAACGGUCGUCGUCGUCGUCCGGUGAUGAAACGGUCGUCGAGGAUCUGACGGGCUCGUUGAGGAUGGCGAGGCGCGCCGCGGAGGCGUGCCGCGUCGCCGUUGACGGUCGCCACGCCGAGUGCGUCCGCGACGUGUCCGACGCCGUCGUCCAAACGUUGCGCAAGGGCCUCAAGUCGCUCAUGUUCGUUGUCGAGAAGACGCUCACGGGUUUGCAGAGACGCGCGGAUUUUAAACCGAACGAGGAGGAGAUGGAGACGUGGACGCAAUUCCCGGGGCAAGAGCCGACGCCCGCGUGCGCCGCCGCGCUCGCUCUCGUCCGCGAGGCGUACAACGUCGCCGCGGAGUGCCUCGCGCCGGAUGAAUCCGUCGUCGAAUCGUCCGUCCAAAGUGCCUCGGCAAACGAAGGCUUCGAACAUCCGAACAUCCGAACCUUCGCCGAGGAAUGCGCGUCGAUGCUCCACAAAACCGUGCUCGCCCACGUCGCCCGGUUUCAUCACACGGCGACGGGCGCGUUGCAGCUCAAGCGCGACGUCGGCGAGCUCGACGCGUUUGUCGGGUCGAUUUGUGCGUCCGGCCGAAAGUCGUCGCCGGCGUCGAGGGCGUGGCGGGACGCGCUCGAUCGAUGCAACGCGUUGAUCAUCCCCGCCCACGCGCUGCCGGAGCUGUUGCGGGAGACCAGGGCGGCCGCGGUGGCGGACGCCGAGGCUGAGCGCGCCAGGCGGGGUAUCGAGGAGGCUGGCGGGCUCGGGGAGAAUGACGGCGACGCGGCUUCAGGCGGAGACGAUGAGGAGCGAAGAGCGCGAGUCGCCAAGGAAGCCGGGGAUAACGCGGUGGAGGAGAUGGUGCGGAUCAUUCAUCUCCGGGCCGAUUUUCACCCGUCGAUGCUCAAGGUGCUCUCGCCGAAGAAGGGCUGA